CCCACCCCCCGGCUCGCCAGCGGCACCGUGCGGCCGCCACGCUGGAGUCCUUGCCUGCCGUUUAUCCCGCCAAGCUGGCGUCCUCCGUCGCGGACCUGCUGCGGGCGCUGCAGCCCAACAUGGCGCUUAUGAGUGGACUCGGUGGCCUUGGUUCCUUCGGCUCCCUGGGGGCUUUCUCCGCUCUUAACGCCCUCAGUGCUUCCUCGGCGAGCACGGGCGGCAGCGUGGGUGGUUCGGGCGGGCCUGUGGUGCCCACGCCGCUGGUCGCGCUGCCUUCCCUCUCCUUCACCGCCGCCCAAGUGGCCGCCGUCUGCGAGACUCUGGAGGAGAGCGGCGACAUGGAGCGCCUGGGGCGGUUCCUGUGGUCGCUGCCGGUGGCGCACCCGCACCUGCACGACCUCAACAAGCACGAGGCCGUGCUGCGCGCGCGCGCGCUCGUCGCCUUCCACGUGGGCAACUUCAGAGAGCUGUACGCCAUCCUGGAGUCGCAGCGGUUCUCGAAGCCGUCGCACGCCCGCCUGCAGGCGCUGUGGCUGGAGGCGCACUACCAGGAGGCCGAGCGCCUGCGGGGCCGCCCUCUGGGCCCCGUCGACAAGUACCGCGUCCGCAAGAAGUUCCCCUUCCCGAGGACCAUCUGGGACGGCGAGCAGAAGACGCACUGCUUCAAGGAGCGCACGAGAUCCCUCCUGCGGGAGUCCUACCUGCAGGACCCGUAUCCUAACCCGAGCAAAAAGCGGGAGCUGGCCUCCGCCACCGGCCUCACGCCCACGCAAGUCGGAAACUGGUUCAAGAACCGUCGGCAGCGCGACAGAGCCGCCGCCGCUAAGAACAGGUAAGCUGGUAGCCGCAGCCUGCGUGUCCGCACGCGGUCCCUGUGGGCGCUC